AUGCAAGCUGUCACACACACUCCUUACCACCAAGCUUUCACUUUUCUGCACCCGCCGGCGUCAUUUACCUCCGGCAACUGCUUUCUCCCGUUCACCGGCAGCUCCAUCGUCCGCCGCGAGCUCCGCGUACGCGCCGCCCCAAUCAAAGAUGUCGGAGAUUAUCCCGAACCCGCUCUAACAGUAUCCUCGCCGGAAAAGGCGAAAGCUUUCGACCUAUCCAAUGGGUCUACUGAAACGAAAACUGUUCCGGGCCACGUGUUGGAAAACGGACUCGUGCCGGAUGUUGCCACUUUCACCUCACUCAUCAAUUCGUUCUGCAAAAAGGGACGAGUUAAAGACGCACUCGAGGUGUUCGACGUAAUGUCCCGCGUAGGUUGCAGACCCACGAUCAACACGUACAACUGUCUCCUGAAGGGGCUGUGCUACGUGGGCCGAGUCGAGGAAGCUCUUGACUUGAUCCAGAAUAUCAAGAAGUCAUCCUUGAAGCCCGAUAUGUACACCUACACGGCCAUGAUGGAUGGACUUUGUAAGGUGGGCCGGUCGAAAGAGGCAACAGGUUUGUUAAUCGAAGCCCUAGAAAUGGAGUUAACGCCCAGCGUUGUCACUUACAACACUUUGUUCAAUGGCUAUUUCAAAGAGGGCCGUCCUUUAUGUGGGUUCGGGCUUUUGCUGCGCAUGAGGGAGAGGAACUGCAAGCCCGACUACAUUAUCUACAGUACGUUGUUGCACGGAUUGUUGAAAUGGGGUAAAACAAAAGCCGCCCUUGGCGUUUACAAUGAAAUGGUGGAGACGGGCUUUCGGGUGGACGAGAGGAUGAUGAACACUUUAUUGAGAGGCUUGUGCAGGCAAGCAAGGAAGAAGAAAGAGCGUCUUAAAGAAGCUUACCGUGUGUUUGAACACAUGAGGAGUGGGAAUUAUGUCGUUUAUGCUUGUACAUUUGAUUUGGUGGUCGAAUCAUUUUGCAACGGGAAAGAGGUGGAUAGGGCUUUUGAAAAUUUGAAUGAGAUGAUUAGGUUUGGAUAUUCGCCCAAGACGUUCACCUUCAACUUUGUCAUGUAUGGUCUUUGUGGUGUUGGAGAGGUUGAUAAGGCAUUGAGUGUUUUGAUGCUAAUGCAUGUGAAUAGGAAGCCUAACGGGAUUCCUUUUGAUUUGUUGAUCAAUGAGUUGAAUCGACUAGGAAGGUCGUUGGAUGCUUGUUAUGUUUACGGUGUUGCACUAAAAAGAAGGGUUAUACCCAAGAGUAAGCCUCAAUAUUUGGUUGUAAAAGGGUCAUUAUAA